AUGCAUGACCUCGAGGCGGAUUCUCGCCAAAACACUGAAGGACAUGAGAUAGCCGAGCCGGAGGUGGAGCAAAGUGCUCCUAUGCCCGAUGAAACCGCACAAGCAUCCGCGGAGACACCGGUAGAACCGAACCUACUUAUGGCUUUGGGCGAGUCCACAGACGAUAUACCUGAAUUUGUUGACGGCAAACCGCUAUUUCCCGCCGGGAAACUGGAGGGGUCCACCUCGCUACUCCUACCCGAACAGCAGAGGUGGACGAGGCAGCCAGACGAGGAUGGCAACGCCCAGGAGGUCGUACAAUUACAGCACAACUCCACCGGCAGCGAAACCUGUCCCUCAGACCAGGCCUCGUGCUCCAACUCAACAGUAAACCAGGGACCACCACCCCCUGCAUGCCAGCCUUACCCUGGGUGCCGCGAGGCUUUGCGGGCGGCGUUCGUCAAGCGGGGAACCCCACUCGAGGCAGUGCCUUUAAUGUUAGCCUCAUUGGCUCAGAAUACCUUAAGUCAAUAUGGCGUAACCAUAAAACUUUGGUGGGAAUAUUGCACUUCUAAAAAUAUUGACGUCUAUCAUCUGGCAAUACCCGAGGUACUUUCGUUUUUAACGGAACUAUUUAAUAAGGGUUGUUCGUAUGGUUCAUUAAAUAGCCACCGUUCGGCGCUAUCCUUGCUGCUUGGCAGCGAGAUAGGUACUGAUAACUGUGUGAAAAGACUUUUAAAAGGGGCAUUUAAAUUAAAGCCCAUGACACCAAAAUAUAAAUCCACCUGGGAUCCUCAGGUUGUACUAAAUCACGUUUCGUCUUGGUAUCCCAACUCCGAUAUACCCCUCGAAAAAAUCACUAAAAAAUUAGUUACUCUGUUAGCACUCUGUACAGCUCACAGAGUGCAAACCCUAUCCCUCAUAAAACUAGAACAUAUUACUGAAAUUUCAGAUGGAAUAAAAAUUGGCAUAGUUGACAUACUUAAAACUUCCGCUGUAGGCCGAGAACAACCCAUAUUAAAUUUGCCAUUUUUCCGAGAAAAAUUAAGUAUCUGCCCAGCUACGACCCUUAAGGAUUAUAUUUUCGUCACGAAAAAUUUAAGGGUUGGUAGCACGGGAACCCUUUUCCUGACAUAUAAGCGACCUCACAAGGCCGCCAGCAGUCAAACCCUAAGUAGGUGGAUCAAACAAGUAUUGCAUGAAAGUGGCGUCGAUGUCAAUGUGUUUGGUGCCCACAGUACUCGCCACUCUGCUACUUCAACGGCUUUUGCGGCUGGAAUCAGCCUAGAUACGAUCAGAAAGGCGGCUGGCUGGACCAGCACCUCUAAAACCUUUGCCAAAUUCUAUAACCGACCAAUAAUCAAUUGUAAUGAUGAUUAUGAUUUCGCUAGAUCGAUCUUUUUCCCAGAAACCAAUGUCAGUGACAAUGAAGAUUCCUAGAUGUUAACUGUAGUGCAUAACUGCAUAUAAUAUAAUUUUGUGAUUAUUAGGCAUGUUAAAUAAGUAUAAAACAAUAAAAAUAAAAACAAUGAAUAAUAAAAACAGCUUUUAUUUUCUCACAAAACUUUCAACUCUAAACAUCUACCUGUUAAAACAUUAUAUCGAGAAUGAAGCGAUGAAAUAUAAUAGAUGAUUAAACGAACUUUCCUAAAGUGAAGUUCGAUCACUAUUAUAUGAGUCGCUUCAUUCGAAGAUAUAAAUAUAAUCACCCACCCAUCCCUAGGUGACCCAAAAAUGAAAGUUUUGUUCGUGACUCUAAAAAAUGAAGUCUACGGCUGCGCCCCACCAACGGGUGGCGGCCGCCGGAACUACUAAUACCGAUUUUGAAUCAAAUGAAGUACUCUAAAAGCGUGCUAGUUGCCUGUAGGUUUAAGGGACUACCUGUUAAAACAUUAUAUCUUCGAAUGAAGCGACUCAUAUAAUAGUGAUCGAACUUCA